GCCACUGAUCUCUAUAAUAAAAUCUUAUUAUUAUUAAUAUAAUCUUAAUAAGAUUUUAUUAUAGAGAUCAGAGAGUGGGGCACUGGGGGCGAGGCGAUCGUGAGUACCCACAAUGCAACGCCACCGGCCAUGUUGGUUCCAGAAGCAGUUCAGGCGUUGUACAACUUCAAUUACCGGUUACAUUGAGCAACCCACCUCUGCUCAUUUUAUUCGCCAUUCAAAUCCCUCACCAUGCCGAUCUCCUGCGGUGUUGUCAAUUGCCGCAAUCGGUAUCCGAAAAAGGCACACAGCUUUUUUAGGCUGCCUAUUGUGAUCACAAAACAAGGUGAAGUGACGAAAGAAAUGUCAGACAGGCGAAGACGAUGCUGGUUGGCGGCCAUAAACCGUACUGGCAUGAGUGAAACGGUGAUCAGGAACCUUCGUGUCUGUUCAGCUCAUUUCAUAUCAGGAAAGCCAUCUGCCUUGUACAAAGAUACAGAUCCGGAUUGGGUUCCUAUGGUAAACAUGGGAUAUGCCAUGAAAGAUUUGAACACCCAGGUAGUGAGACACGACCGGCUGAAAAAAAGAAAGGAGACCAUUAAAAAAAGGGAUGCUGCAAUGAGCCUUGUCGAGUUGGGAUCAUUUUCUGACAUAAGCGGAGGUGAUGCUGAAGUUUAUAUCGAUGUCGACUCCAAGCUCACAGACUUGGAACUGGCCCAACUGGAAAUAUCUAGACUGUCUGGUAAACUACAGCAAGCAGACACAGAAAUUGCCAGGCUGCAAAAUGAUAACCUCAAACUCAUUGAAGAAAAGGAGAGUCUGACAAGUGCCGUCCAUAAAAUGAAAGCAACAAUGCCAGGUGACUUCGCCAACGAUGAUGAUAAAGUGCAGUACUAUACUGGUUUAAAAAAUUUUGUGACACUAAUGGCACUUUUCAAUCUGCUGUCGUCUGAAAUAAGUGAAGCAAAAAAUUCGUCUUUGAGCAAGUUCCAAAAAAUGAUGAUUACACUUAUGCGCCUACGACUGAACCUGUCAAUUGUGGACCUUAGCUACCGUUUUGGCGUGUCCCGAUCUACAAUUUCAAAAGUAUUUUUGGAAAUAAUUAACGUCAUGAACAAGAUUCUGUCCCCCUUUGUGCAAUGGCCCGACCGAGAUGACGUUGAGCAUGUUAUUGGUACUCACCGUACUGUGCGCCAGAAUUUUUCAAUUCUUGGGGCGACAUGUCCAAUUGACUAUCUAAUCACAAAAUCAGAGGACGAGAGCCCAAUCUUGGACAAAAUGGUGACCGUGUGUUGUGCACUGACAAAUUUGUGUCCCUCAGUUGUGUCAUUUGACUGAAAACCAGUGUGUGUUGCCCAGUGUUCAGCUUUCUUAGCUCGUUUUUCUGGGGCCUUAUGUAUAUGAAACCAGUGCAUUAGUCAAGCCAGAUGGCAUGGAUUUAAGGUGAACCUGCAUUUAAUUAGUUUUGUUGUUUAAACCAUGUAUAUGUGUUAAUCUAUGUGAAUUUUGCGAAUGCUUCCCUGACCGCAAAAAUAAGAACACAAGAAUAUUUUAUACCGAAUAAUAAUACCGAAUAAUUCAUAUUCGACCCACUGCGAAAUUGUCUGUCAAGUCUGAAUUUGCAAAAAUAUCUGUACGCGAAAAAAUAUUGAGUAUACAGUACUUUCCUCGUCGUGGUCGUGUGCGGAACGCGUAGGUGGCCAAAGUAUAUAGAUGCGCUAAUACUGUGUCCUGGUUUUCAUAUAUAUACACUUGACAUUUGUUCAUAAAGUAUAUAAAUAAGUAUAGAUAAAUUUACUUCGACAUGUAUGUAAAUAACCUAAGAUGCAUUGAUGAGCCCAGGGCAGGGCGAAACAUGUUCUUCGUUAAAUAAAUAAUUUUUUAAAGAUAAAA